AUCAAUACGUAACCAAACAUAAUUUACGUAUUCAUGGCAACCAACUUCACUCCCGUGUGGCAAAAGCCGGUAAAACGCACUAUCAUUUGCACAGAAGAAAAGAAACUCCACAAAAAUGGAUCUAAAAGGUUUUUUAGAAAAAUUGGAAGAGAAAUCAAACAUUUUUGGUACAUUUGGUGAUUUGGAUAGAAAAGCUGCUGAAAAUUUCGGUUGUUUUCUGGUCGAGUUGGUUGAAAUUUUAGGCGAUACUGACGAGGCGGAUUUUAUUCGAAUAGCUGCGUCCAGGGAAAUCUGUCGACAUUUGACAAGCAAAUCGAAAUUGGUCCACACUGUUCAACAAAACGAAUGGAAUGAAAUAGAUGAGGGGAUUAAAACAGAUCUAAACACACGGUUGAUUCAACAAUUGAAAGUUGCGGACAAAUUUGCUGUCAUCCAAGCAUUGGUAGAUUCCAUCACAGCUGUCUGUCUUAUGGAUGCUUUGCAGGGCGACAUAUUUGGUGCAAUCAUUGGAAUUGUGGAAGAAACAAACAACUUGUGUCCAUUGACGGCUUCGUACAAAGUGUUGGGAAAUCUCGUACCAAACUUACAUGAUGUCAGCAUCAUUUUGGAUCUCGUUUUGAAUGCAACAUUGGGAGGUGCGUUGCUCAAGGGUCUCGAAGUCACACCAAAUCUAUGUGAGAAAGAUGAGCUCGACGGUCUACGGCAAAAUACGUUGAUUGCAUUUGCAAAAUUGAUAUCGAAAUUAGAUGUUUCUCCCAAGUCAAAUCAGGUCAUUCAAUUUCUUGACAUGGUUGUUAUCAAAGUCAUAAAAAGCGAAACAUUGGUAUCGCCAGAAGAAAGCAUGUGUAUCAAAGCCUUAGAUCUCCUUCUAGAGAUAUUGGUGAAGUAUAAAAAAUGUACGGACUUGGGUGAUAAGAUCAAAAUUCAAUGGUUAGAUUUUCUCAUGAAAAACGGUCUGCUAAAGCAGCUUCAGGUAAUUAGUUACAAAGAGAGAGGAAUGGAACGCGCUGCGGAAAUCGUAAACAAUUUCUAUGAAAGCCUUGAUGAAAUUCAAAAUUUAUAGAUUCGAAUACAUCGUCAAUCCAACGAAUUCCGAACAUAUCGAAUUUAAAUUUGUUAUCUGCACAAUCGAAAAAAAGGUGCCUUAUCCCGAGCUGUUUUUAUGGAUAAUUGAAUAAAUAAUAUCAUUUUAUAGAAGAUUUGUUUGGAAUUUUUUUUUGCCGAAUUCAUUGUUAUUAAUCCAUUCUUCUGUAUUAUACGGUUGCAAUAGUGAAUUCAUCAUUUUUGAAAUAAAAGAACGCUCACUUUUCAUUUA